CCUGCGCUAGGCAGGAAGGAUGAGAGCGAGAGCCGCCGCGGGCCCGGCGCGCUGGGGCUGCCCAGGAACUAGUCCCGACCCACUCCCCGGAGCCCUCCGCACCCCGCGCGCCCCCCGCGCCUCCCGCGCCCUGCGGGCCAUGGGAGCUGGCCGCCCGCAGGGACCACGCCUCUGAGACUCAGGCAGGAUCCAGAGGACCAUGAAGAGCGAUCGGGCUCGCAAGGCCGGAGGGGGCCCCAGGGACUUCGGCAUGGGACUCAAGUACAGCUCGAGGCAGCAGAACAUGAAAGGCUUUGAGGAAAGCGUGGAGUUCCUGCCUGUGAACAACGCCAAGCAGGUGGAGAAGCGCGGCCCCCGGCGCUGGGUGGUGCUGGCGGCCCUGCUGCUCGGCUUCCUCUUGCUCUCGCUCAUGGUGGGCCUGCUGGUGUGGCACUUCCAGUACCAGAACGUGCAGGUGCUGAAGGUCUUCAAUGGCUACCUGAGGGUCACAAACGAGAACUUCCUGGACGCCUAUGAGAACUCGAACUCCACCGAGUUUAUAAACCUGGCCAAGAAGGUGAAGGAAGCGCUGAAGUUGUUAUACAGCGAGGUCUCUGUCCUGGGCCCCUACUACAGGAAGUCCACUGUGACUGCCUUCAGUGAGGGCAGUGUCAUCGCCUACUACUGGUCAGAAUUCAGCAUCCCCAAGUACCUGGAGGUGGAGGCGGAGCGGGCCAUGGCAGAGAAGCGAGUAAUCACGCUGCCGCCCCGAGGCCGGGCACUUAGCUCCUUCAUGGUGACCUCGGUGGUGGCCUUCCCCGCUGACCCCAGAAUAUUACAGAGGACCCAGGACAACAGCUGCAGUUUUGCCCUGCAUGCCCGGGGCGGGGAGGUGACGCGCUUCACCACGCCUGGCUUCCCCGACAGCCCCUACCCAGUGCGUGCCCGCUGCCAGUGGACCCUUCGGGGCGAUGCAGACUCGGUGCUGAGCCUCACCUUCCGCAGCUUUAAUGUCGCCCCCUGUGAUGAGUGGGGCAGUGACCUGGUCACGGUGUACAACAGUCUGAGCCCUGUGGAGCCCCACACUGUGAUUUGGCUGUGUGGUGCCUACCCUCCUUCCUACAACCUGACCUUCCUCUCCUCCCAGAACGUCCUGCUGGUCACGCUGGUCACCAACACAGAGCGGCGGCAUCCUGGCUUUGACGCCUCCUUCUUCCAGCUGCCCAAGAUGAGCAGCUGUGGGGGCACCUUGCGUGAAGCCCAGGGGACAUUCAGCACCCCCUACUACCCUGGUCACUACCCGCCCAACAUCAACUGCACGUGGGACAUCCAGGUGCCCAAUAACCGGAACGUGAAAUUGCGCUUCAAUUACUUCUUCCUGCUGGAGCCCAAUGUGGGGCUGGGCACCUGCUCCAAGGACUACGUGGAGAUCAACGGGGAGAAGUACUGUGGAGAGAGGCCCCCCUUUGUCGUUAUCAGCAGGAGCAGCAAGAUCACAGUUCGCUUCCACUCGGACCAUUCCUACACUGACACAGGGUUCCUCGCUGAGUACCUCUCCUAUGACUCCAGGGACCCCUGCCCCGGGAUGUUCACGUGCGGCACAGGCCGCUGUAUCCGGAGGGACCUGCGCUGCGAUGGCUGGACGGACUGCACGGACCACAGCGACGAGCACAACUGCAGUUGUAACUCCAGCCACCAGUUCACGUGCAAGAACAAGUUGUGCAAACCCCUGUUCUGGCUCUGUGAUGGUGUGAAUGACUGCGGGGACAACAGCGAUGAGCUGGCGUGCAAGUGUCCCGAGGGGACCUUCAAGUGCUCCAGCGGGAAGUGCCUCCCCAAGAACCAGCAGUGCGACGGGACGGACAACUGUGGGGACGGCUCUGAUGAGGCUUCGUGUGAGACUGUGAGUGUUGUCACUUGCACUGACCACACCUACCACUGCCUCAACGGGCUGUGUGUGAACAAGGGCAACCCUGAGUGUGACGGGAAGAAAGACUGCAGCGACGGCUCAGAUGAGAAGGACUGUGACUGUGGGCUGGCAUCAUUCACCAAACGGGCUCGGGUGGUUGGGGGCACAGACGCGGAGAAAGGCGAGUGGCCCUGGCAGGUGAGCCUCCAUGCCCUGGGCCACGGCCACGUGUGUGGGGCCUCACUCAUCUCUCCCAACUGGCUGGUCUCAGCGGCACACUGCUUUGUGGAUGAAACCAGUUUCAAGUACUCAGACCCCACCAAGUGGACAGCCUUCCUGGGUCUGCUGGACCAGGGCCAGCGCACGGCCACUGGGGUGCAGGAGCAUGAGCUCAAACGCAUCAUCCCACAUCCCUCCUUCAAUGACUUCACCUUUGACUAUGACAUCGCCCUGCUGGAGCUGAAGAAUCCGGCUGAGUACAGUGCCGUGGUGCGGCCCAUCUGCCUGCCUGACACCACUCAUGUCUUCCCUCCUGGCAAGGCCAUCUGGGUCACAGGCUGGGGGCACACAGAGGAGGGAGGCACUGGGGCACCCAUCCUGCAGAAGGGUGAGAUCCGUGUCAUCAACCAGACAACCUGUGAGGACCUGCUGCCCCAGCAGAUCACCCCACGCAUGAUGUGUGUGGGUUUCCUCAGUGGGGGCGUGGACGCCUGCCAGGGCGACUCUGGGGGCCCCUUGUCCAGCGUGGAGGCCGAUGGACGAAACUUCCAGGCAGGUGUGGUGAGCUGGGGUGAAGGCUGUGCUCAGAAGAACAAGCCAGGCGUAUACACGAGGCUCCCUGUAUUUCGGACCUGGAUCAAAGAGCAAACUGGGGUGUAGAGGCAGGUCCCCCACAGUGACUCCCAACGUGCAUGCCUGUGGGACCCAGCAGGCCAGCAGUAGACUGAGGACAGGACCCCUGACUACGUUCCUGCUUCGGGCUCCGCCUCCCCCAGAACCCAGACUACUCCCUGUCUGCAGACUCUGAAUCCACCUGGAGAGCCCUGGCUUCCCUCGGCCUCCAGGUGUGGCCCAGAGGUGGGGAGGAGGAGCUGACUGCCAGUGCUGUUGGUGAAGGUUCAAGGACAUGGCUUCCCAGCUCUGGCCGACCAGGUGCAGGCUCUCUUCUGCAGUGGGCAUUUGGCUCCAGGAAAGCCGUCUGGCAGCUUCAGGGACCCUCUCCAUGCAAGUGGUGGGGGUGCAGGCUCAGGGUUUUGGGGUCCUAGGGUUUCCCUCUUCAGGAAACCCACGCCUGCAGGACUCUGGAAAACAGAGGAGUCUAAAAAUGGAUUUGUUUCACCAGCUCCUA